GGCAUAUGAGAGAGAGAGAGAGAGAGAGAGGGAGAGAAGUAAGAGAGAGAAGAGGAGAUGGAGAACUCAAAUGGGUGCCAAAAAACACUUAAGGAUGUUUCACUUCAAGAACUAAGAGAUAGGCUUGCAGAGUUUGCUAGGGUGAGGGGAUGGGAACAGUACCACAGUCCUAGGAAUCUCCUUUUGGCUCUGGUGGGAGAGGUGGGAGAACUCUCAGAGAUAUUCCAGUGGAAGGGAGAAGUGGCUAGGGGACUACCCAACUGGAGCCCUAGUGACAAAGAGCACCUAGAGGAAGAACUCUCUGAUGUUUUACUCUAUCUAGUUCAACUUGCUGAUGUUUGUGGCCUUGAUCUUGGCCAAGCUGCUCUAACCAAGAUAGUCAAGAAUGCUAAAAAAUACCCUAUUAAUAACUAGGAACUUUCCUACCUAGUUUCAUAUGUAAUCAUGUAUUAGACCCUUUGUGGGUAUGGUCUUUUUUUUGUAUCAAACCUUUGAUCUUCAAGUUUGAGUUAGAAAGUUUUUUAUUUAUGCAUUUGUGAGCUAGUGAAUGUUGUGAGCGAAGUUUCGGAGAAACUGUUUCUCCUUUGUUAUAGCUAAGGAUCAUCUAUCCCUUCUGUUUUAUGUCAUCUAGUUUGAAAUUUUCUUAUUAUCAGUCUUUUAGACUUGAUUAUGUAGUAGAAAAAUAAUUUGAAGCGAGAAACAGAUAAAUAGGACAGAAGAUUUCUGUUUUAUUA